AUGAAGGACUGGCUUUCACAUUUGAUGUUGAGAGCUGUAUUAGCCAGAGCCCAGAUUUUGCCAGAAUUCUCACAGAGUUACCUAAAACAGCUUUUCUCUGCUACCCCCAGAGUGCUUUUAAAGCAGAAGGCUAAGACCGCAGAAGCAACCCCUCCAAGAAAAGAUCUUGCCUUCCUCUUCCCACCAAAAGAAGAGACACCCAAACUGUUUAAAACUCUCCUAGGAGGCAAAGGAAAAGCGAGUCUUGCAAGACUACUCAAAUUGAAACGAGAACAAGCAGCUCAGAAAAAAGAAAAUUCUGAAGGAGGAGAGGAAGAAGGAAAAGAAAAUGAAGAUAAACAAAAAGAAAACGAAGAUAAAGGAAAAGAAAAUGAAGAUAAACAAAAAGAAAAUGAAGCUAAAGAUAAAGGAAGAGAGCCAGAAGAGAAGCCACUGGACAGACCUGAAUGUACAGCAAGUCCUAUUGCAGUGGAGGAAGAGCCCCAGUCAGUUAGGACAGUUUUACCCAGAGGAACUUCCCGUCAAUCACUCAUCAUCAGCAUGGCUCCUUCUGCUGAGGGUGGAGAAGAGGUUCUUACUAUUGAAGUCAAAGAAAAGGCUAAGCAAUAAAUGUUUGAUUAUCUUUAGAUGUGAUAUAGCUAGUUCCCAAAGAGAUUGUACCUAGGAUUGUAACUUAAAUUAAUGAGGGGAAAUGACCUGCUGGGACCCUUGAGAAAUGAAAGGCAAAUCCCUAGCUUAGUUUCUAGGACUUAUCUGAGAGUGUGAUUUCAUGCAGUGGUAAUAAGAAGAUUAUUAAAAGCUAUCCCUAUUCUCUGUUUUCAUUAACUUUAUGCAAUUGCUAUAUCUUGUAAUUGUAUGUAGUAAGUUUCCUUUUCCUUUGGUUCUUUCCCGAUAAUGUUUCUUCCUCCCAGUUUUAUUAGCUUGCUCUUGGCUGUGAUGUGAUUCACUAACCUUUUCUCUUAAUUUUUAUUGUGUUUAAUUUCUUGUAUGGCACUCUUAAGCCUGGCUAAUUGUUCUAGGUUUAUAAAUUUCACCUCUUACAUGUAAGGGAUAUAAGCCUUUAAUGUAAUAGGUCAAAAAUCAGAUUAUUUUCAUUCAAAUGAGGUUGAGGAGUCACUGUAAUAUCAAAAAAUCCCCAGCAGCUGGGACUGAAGGGAAGCAGAGAUCAUGAAGCCUUCUGAAUGAGAAGUCUAAUUUUUGGAACAGUCCCCUGAAGAGCAACGUUGGUCGGCAGAAUUAGCAAACUGGCAAAAAUCACAUUGCAGGAACAUAUUGGAAAAAUUGUACCCUUUGCUAAAGAAAUAAACUUCAAUAUUUUCUCUUCUAACCAACUUAAAAGACACCAAGCUACCUAACUCAUCUGGCUCAAGGGACUUGGACUGGAGGAUACAGGCUAAAGUGACACUUAUCAGAAUCUUCCUCAAGCACUUGCUGGAAAAGAAAUCAGAUUGUAACUUCUUGUUGUUUAAAAUUAAGCUUUAGUAAAACAAAGUGAUGCAGUUAGGAAGGCAGACUCUACACAUGUCAGAUUGACAUAUCCCCACAAUUUCCGGAACCUACAUGUAUAGCUAUUUACAAAAUCUCCAAGUUAAUUGAGUGCACUUUAGGAAGUCGUCCUCAUGAAUUAGCUAGCAUUAGCAUAAUUACCAAAGUUGCAUGCUGUGAGGAGGCUACAAAGGCCAGGCUGAUGUCGGAAGUAAUAAUACAUAUAGAAUUCCAUUCUAAUAAAUGCCAUUAGUGUAUAACAUCAAGUUCUGUGUAAUGAGGCUAUUUCCAAGUCCCCAAAGAUGGUCAUUGUAACAGCACUUUGCUGAGAGGGUUUCAACAAAUCAUAUUAGCCAAAAAGCCUACAACAUAGAUGCAUUUAACAAACCAUGUACAAAUCAAUCACUAUAAUAAACUGUCAUUUGAUAGAGUCACCAUUUUUGAAUGUAGUGUUUGAACAUCACAAAAUAUAACAAGUUUUACUAAAGAAUGGUUGAUUUUUUUCAGGAUUUAAGGGAAUACAGACAAAUUGUUAAAUAGCAUUUAUUUGAUAAAUGGGAGUUUGUAUGCAGAAAGAGUAUCCUGUGUUACAAAAAGGGUGUUUUCAAAACC